AUGUUUUUGAAUAAAUGUACAAAAUUUGUAAAACCAAUUGUGUUUCAAAAUUAUAUAUUCAAAAAAAUAUUUCAUAAAAGUGUGUCUAAAUUUACUUGGAAACAACCAUUCAUUAAUGAUCCAAUUAAAGGAAAGCUACAGUUAGAUAAAACAUAUCUGUGUGGUAAUGAUUCCGAUACUUCACUACAAUACAAGUGUUCAUUAAACAUCAACAGUAAGACUCAUUCAUUACGUCAUUCGAGUAUCAUUUGUACUAUAGGACCUGCUUCAGCAGAUGUGAAAAUAUUAGAGAAGCUGAUGGAUGCUGGAAUGAACAUAGCUCGGUUGAAUUUUUCACAUGGAUCUCACGAUUAUCAUUUAAAGACUGUAGAAAACCUAAGAAAAGCAGUAAAAAGCUAUAGUGAAAAAAUAUGUAUGGACUAUCCAUUAGCUAUUGCUUUAGACACCAAAGGUCCGGAGAUUCGGACAGGUGUGUUUGACGGGAAAAAUGGGGCAUCUAAAGAGAUCAAGUUGAAUAAAGGCGAUACAAUUCGCUUAUCGACGGAUAAACAAUUUGAAAAUAAAUGUUCAAAUAAACUAGUGUAUGUUGAUUACAAAAAUAUAACUAAAAUCUUGAAAGAAAACGAUAGACUAUACGUGGACGAUGGUUUGAUUUUAAUGACAGCUAAGAAAAUUGGUAAAAACUAUGUUGAUUGUAUGGUUGAGAACGAAGGCAUUUUGGGUAGCCGUAAAGGAAUUAAUCUACCAGGCUUGGAUGUAGAUUUACCAGCUAUAUCAGAAAAAGAUAAAUGUGAUAUACAAUUUGCGGGAGACAAUGAUCUAGAUAUGAUAUUUGCAUCGUUCAUCAGAGAUAGAUCGGCGGUAAACGAAAUACGUAACAUUUUGGGUGAACGCAAUAAGCACAUAUUAAUCGUUUCAAAAAUUGAGAGCCACCAAGGUGUACAAAAUUUACCAUCUAUAAUCGAAAUAUCUGACGGUAUUAUGGUAGCAAGAGGUGACCUGGGUAUCGAGAUUCCUCCAGAAAAAGUAUUUUUAGCUCAAAAAUCUAUUUUGGCACAGUGUAAUAUUGCCGGGAAGCCAGGAAUUUGUGCAACACAAAUGUUGGACUCAAUGACCAAAAAACCACGAGCGACGAGGGCUGAAUGUUCUGACGUAGCCAACGCGAUUUUGGACGGGGCAGACUGUGUUAUGUUAUCAGGAGAAACAGCCAAAGGUCAGUUUCCAAUUGAAUGUGUUCGAACAAUGGACAAAUUAUGUCGGGAAGCCGAAUCUGCUAUGUGGCGAAAGGAGUUUUAUCAUGAUAUGGUUUUAAGUCUAGCCAAAAGAACUUCUAAAGACGCUACAAAUAUUAUGCUAGCCUUGGAAGCCGUAACGUUGGCCGACAAUCAGAGCGCAGCAGCUAUUAUUGUAAUUGACCAGUCCGGUUGUAUAGCACACGCAGUUGCAAUGUACAGACCACGAAGCAUCAUUCUCGCCGUAACCGAUAAUCAAAGGGUGGCUCGGCAAUGUCACUUACACCGAGGAAUUUUUCCAGUAUUUUCCUCUCCCGAAAUCAAUGAAUGCAAUGUAGAUUUCUUAAAAAACUGUGACAAACAUCAGAAAUAUGCUGUACAAAUUGGCCAAUCUCUAGGAAUAAUGAAAUCUAGAGAUUCUAUUGUAUCAGUUAGUAAAGAAGCAGUCUCUUCAUUCUGUAUUCUGUGAUCACUGCUCUAAUAUCAUAGUCAAAAUAUCAUCAAAUUACUUUUAUACGAAACACUUACAACAAUUAAGAUCGUACUAUCAAAAAAUACUUUCGCCUCAUAACAGGUUUUGUUUCCUGACAUGACGAACACAUUACAUUGAAAAGGGACCUUUGACAGUUUCUCCAGAUAUACAUAACACAAUCAGAUGCAUUCAAAAUCGUAUAGGCUACAUCAGAAAUCGGUAGGUAGGUAUUUACUAUGUACCAAUAAAAUUG